UACACACCCAAAUCAGCCCCUUUGCUCUUUACUGUACACUAGAGGCAGUUUUAUAUUGGAAAUUAGAAAGAGGGGGAGGAGAGGGCGUGAACAUGCAGGGAUGAGUGCGUGUUGUCAAUCAGAGAGGUUUUGUGUCUCCUUGACUCCUGAUGGUCCAUGGCUGAGGUGUCCCAGGGUGGCACCACAAUGAAUAUGAAUGGGAGUCCUUGCUAAAUGGGACAGUCAAAGCGCACCGCCCUGAAUAAUUGCACGUCAUCCUAACAAGACCAUUAUAGAUAGGAGGGCUCCUUUUGUCUCUUUUCUCUGCUGCAGCGCUAUAAAAGCCCCUCUUUUCCAGGCUGAGGUUAGUUCAAGCAUACACCAACCAGCUAUCCCGUAUGCAGGCUGGGUAUCCAGCGGAAGAGAUUAGAGGGAGAAAGAAGAAUUUUCCUCCUGUUUGAACCUCCCCCCCCCCUCACAGAGCCUGCAGGGUUUUGUUUUAUUUUGUUUUGUUUUGCUUUUUUAAAAUAACAAUCACCCAACGUCACCCUCUUUAGAGCAGGGAAGAAAUUUCUUGCUCGGAAGUCCAAAUACAAUGAAUUCUGACUCCAGCUCUGUCUCCAGCAGAGCGUCCUCGCCAGACAUGGAUGAGAUGUACCUGAGAGACCACCAUCACCACCACCACCACCACCACCAUCAGGACAACCGGCUCAAUUCGGUCUCCUCCACGCAGGGCGACCUGGUGCAGAAGAUGUCCGGGGAAGGCCUGUCCAGAAACGGCUCCAAGGCCGGAGGGGAAGGCAGCAAGUACAAAAUCAAAAAGCAGCUCUCGGAGCAGGACCUGCAGCAGCUGAGGCUGAAGAUCAACGGGCGGGAGCGCAAAAGGAUGCACGAUUUGAACCUGGCCAUGGAUGGGCUGCGGGAGGUGAUGCCCUACGCACAUGGACCUUCGGUGAGGAAACUCUCCAAAAUUGCCACCCUCCUGCUGGCCAGAAACUACAUCCUGAUGCUCACUAGCUCCCUGGAGGAGAUGAAGAGGCUGGUGGGUGAAAUCUAUGGGGGGCACCACUCCGCUUUUCACUGCGGCACAGUGGGACACGCAAGCGGGCACCCGGCCCACCCAGCUAGCACGGUCCACCAGGUUCACCCCAUCCUUGGCAGUGCCUUGUCUUCGGCCAACACCUCCUCCCCGCUCUCCGCCUCCCUACCAGGGAUUGGCACCAUCAGGCCCCCUCACUCUUUACUCAAGACUCCCUCUACCCCCCCGGCCCUCCAGCUUGGCAGUGGCUUCCAGCACUGGGCCGGUUUGCCUUGCCCGUGCACGAUCUGUCAAAUGCCACCCCCGCCACACCUGUCUGCCCUCACCACAGCCAACAUGAGCAGGCUCGCUGCAGAAUCCAAGGACUUGCUGAAGUGACGCUGAGCGCCCCUCGCUCGCUGUCUCAGAGACACACCUCCACCCAAGUUCUGCUAGGUGCUGCCGCAGGAAGACUCAAGCCAAGAAGUCCAGUGUUCGCAUGCAUGCUUCUUUUCCUCCCAUGGACGCCGGCCGGUGUGUUCUCCCUCACUGACAUCCGAGCUUGUCCAAACUGCAUUUGUUGUAACAAGGGAUUAGUGUAGUAAGGACCUUCCAAAGGUAACGUUUUAGUUGGAUGCUCGGGCCAUGUUGUCUUCUUAUGCUAAAACAAAAAUCCCUGUUGUAAAAAAACGAAUAAAAAUGUAAAUAAUUCCUUUAAAUGGAUGCAAAAAAAAGACAUGCUGGUCAUUGUACUGUUCGCAGCUGCAAAGAGACGAUGAGUUAUUGGGGGGGAGGGUUGUUUGUUUGUUAUUUGUUUGUUUUUAAAGACAAACGCCGCCAUUUCUGGGAAUUUUCUCUGCUCCACUCCAGGGUAUGACAGCUAGGAAUGAUGAUUCUUUUUUUUACCCAAUAUAGCCCAAAAGAAUGCAUGCUUGCUUAUAAUUGAAUCUCGUUUAAACAUGUUGUUCUGGCAAUGGUGCAGUUUUCCUUGUAACAAGGAUAUUCCCUAAAGCAUUUCCUGGGUUCCUCCCUACACCCUCACCCCGUCCGUGGCUGUAUAAAACGAGAAAUAGCGCAAAACACGCACAAUGUUUCGCCAGGUUUUUAUCUCCUGCUCUAAGUGCAGUGUAGUAGUUCAGCUGGCUGGGUUCCACAUUGCCCUCAAUACCCCUUGCUCAGUGAUCUGCAUGCAGGGUCGACUCUGGCCAGAUUGGUCAUUGUGUUACUCCAUUGGAACUUUACUGUCGUUUUAUGUUUGAUUUUGUUAUGUUUUCCUGGGCAUUUGCUUGAAAUAUUUUGUUACGGCCUCAAAGACAACAACGUGUCUUUAUUUUUUAUAUAUUCUUGAUAACUAUCGAUAUAUUUAUUAUGGACCAGUGUUUC